GACUAAGUGGGACAGUGUUGUAACUUCAGCAUGGUCUUUGGUUUGUUUUGAUUUUGAGAUAAAAAUUCGAUAAAAAUCAUUGAAAAAUGAGAAAAUUUUCAUUGGAAAAGUGUGAAAAAUAAGGGAAAAGCAAUGGAUGCUGUGAGCUACAAGAAAUUCCACGAGAGCUUCAUGCAGAAUAACAAUGGAUCGUCAAUUCUGGAAGUUGCUGGAGUUGUCGUGGCUCCGUAUUUUGCCAUUUUUCACUGCUUAAAUCUCGUCUUGGUGGCCAAUAUUGUGAGCACACCACUGAAAUUCCUUCUGGAGUUCACAACCAUUGUCCUCCUGAUUAUUGCGAACGUCACAGUGGCUAAUGAGUACCUUCCGGUGGUUGUUGUGACCCUCAUUGUUGCUUCGGUGGCAGCAGCAGCCGGUCAACUGCGCUUUGUCCUCCACGAAGCACCCUUCAUCCAAAUUCCCACAACGAAGCCUGAAUUCAUCACCAUUACCCGAGCUCUAGUCAAUUUAAUCAGUGCUGUGUGCAUCCUGGCUGUGGAUUUUCAGUGCUUUCCCAGGAGAUUUGCUAAAACAGAAACCUACGGGGUCUCCCUGAUGGACGUCGGUGUGGGGCUGUAUGUCUUUGCAAAUGGGAUUGUUUCCCGUGAAGGAAGGCAAAGUGAAGAGCAGUUUACAUGGAAAAAGUUCCGGAAGCUCGCAAUCUCCAUAUCUCCAAUGAUUGUCCUGGGAAUGGGAAGAAGUUUGAGCGUGGCAGCCGUUGAUUAUCAUGAGCAUGUCUCUGAAUAUGGUGUUCAUUGGAAUUUCUUCAUAUCCCUGGCUCUAACUGUAUUCCUGGGAGCGUUAAUUGUUGCCCCAAUAAGGGAGAAGGAUCACCUGAAGUUUGUGGCCAUUGUCAUUGUCACCAUUCAUGAGAUGUGCUUUCAGCUGGGCCUGGCACCGUAUGUUCUCUCAGACAGUCGUGAGAACAUUCUCGAGGCAAAUAAGGAAGGUCUUUUCUCCCUUCCUGGCUACAUUGCCAUCUACAUCGCUUCCAUGUACAUCCAGAAUUGUCUCAAGUGGUCAGAGCCUGUGAUCAAGUGUCGGGAAUUCCUUCUGCAAACAGCCAAAAUGGGUCUCAUCUCCCUCUGCCUGUGGAAGAUGGUCUACAUUGCGGAGGAAAUGUUUGGAAUUUCCCGCCGUCUGGCCAACAUGGGCUAUGUCAUUUGGAUUCUAGCCAUUGGAACGUCCAUGAUGUCCCUCCUGAUGCUCCUGGAGCUUGGCUACUACUUCCUCAAAUUCGACAAAACCAAAUCAGACGAAUGUGUGCACGAGUACGCGCCAAUUAUCAUAAAAGCCAUCAACUACAACGGGCUGAUCUUCUUUCUCACGGCUAAUCUCCUCACGGGGAUGAUCAAUUUGACGGUGCAGACAAUGCUGCUGGAUACCAUCCCCAGUGUGGCUAUUGUGGUAGCCUACAUGCUAAUCUUAUGUACAUUGCAGACAAUUUUGUACGUUUAUAGAGUUCAAUUAAAGUUCUGGUAGAGAAAUUAAAUUAAUUACAUGAUAUUUAUACCAAAAAUGAAGCAUUCCUGGAGUUGAAAAUAAACUGAAAUAAAGAAAAUGUUGUAUCCUUGAAUA